UUAUAGGGGAGGGAGGGAUGCACUUUGCACCUUUCAAAGGAACAGCGAAGAAAUCCGUAUGCAGAAUGAAGAAACGCUCAGGAAUUGUGGACAACUUUACUUUAACUAUGUAAGUAUAGGCUGUAUGGGCCGGGGCUUUCCAUUUAAUCCAAAAUUGGGAAUUGAUAAUCCUGCGUUGUGUCUUGGAGAGGAUACAGGUACUGACCCUGAACCAGAGGCUCGUUUUUGUGUGUUGAGAAAAGAUGCUAAAGGUUCCUUUGGGUUCCACCUUCGGAUGGAUUAUGGCAGAAAAGGUCACAUUAUACAUAAGGUGUACCCUGAUGGCCCAGCUUACGUUGCAGGUUUGAGAAAUGGAGAUCAACUUCUGCAGAUUAAUGGGGAAUAUGUACACGAACAAGAGCAUUUGAGGGUGGUGCAGAAAGUGAAGUCAAGCGGCCAGCGAUUGUCACUUGCAGUUCUAGAUGAAGUGUCAUAUGCAAAUCUGUGCUCCAGUAAUAGGACACCGGCCUCAGUUCUUCCUAAUUCCCUCCCUGACAGUUGUUUACGACCACGUCUUUGCCUUAUUCGUAACGAGGGUCGAGGUUUUGGGUUUACUGCCAGUGCUACAGGUGGUGUGAAAGGGACCUUUCUUUUGUCGGUGGAGGAAGGUGGUCCUGCACACAUGGCUGGGGUUCCCACUGGUUCUCGACUACUGGAGGUGAAUGGAGAAAGUGUAGUCAGUAUUACUCUGAGCCAGCUCACUAAGAAGUUGCAGAGUAACAGUUCUAGAGUGGUCUUACUAGUUCUGGAAGCUUCUGCAUGGGAUGUGUAUGAAACACAUGGGGUCACACCGACCUCAGCACUUGCUGACAUCUCCUUCCUCCCCUACCGAAUACGUAAAUUGCACCUUGUACGUGGUCCAGAAGGAUAUGGGUUUCUGUUAAGGCAAGAGAAGUGCCCGAGUGGACAAGGUCAAUUCCUCCGUGAGUUGGACCCAGGACUUCCUGCUGAGGUUGCUGGGAUGCGUGAAGGAGACCGUUUGUUGGGAGUCAACGGUCAAAAUGUAGAGGAAUUCGAGCAUGAAGACAUUGUCAGUUUGAUCCAGGACAGUGGCAAGCAAGUCACACUGGCUGUCAUAAACAAUGAGGGGGACAGGUUCUUCCGAGAGAUUGGUAUAUCCCCUUUGCUGUUCUAUGAAGAAGAUGGUCCUGAUAAUGAAGGUGUGACUAAGUCAUCCGCUGAUGUGCCACCGGCAACCUUGUCAACUCAGCUAAAAGCAGACACUGUACAAGGAGAGGAACCUGAAGUCCGGAAACCUUCUACCGAAGUGCAAAAUAGUGAAGAAUGAGAGGAACACUUCCCCAAACAACCAUGUGACAAUGAUCUAGUGUUUUCUAAUCAGUCAGAACUGUUGCCACAUUGGCAAUAAUCUCAUCUGAGACACCGUGAUCAUCUUUUUUCCUUUACACAUAUCCUCCUCCUCUUUUACCAUUGAUUAUUUACAUAUCUGGGAACCUUGAGAGGAUAAAUUUUUUAUAGAAGGGAAAAAAACACUGCAUGUAGAACAUAUACUCAAUGAUGUAUUUAGAUACAGACACAAAUGCACAUGUACC